CCAACAUCUCCUCUUUGACGACUCGUUCCAUGGCCCACUGCGCACCGUGAGCACGACAUUCACUACAACCGCCAUUGGUGAGUGCAACGCCUCUUUGUCUCGGCUCUGCCCACAUCUUGCGGUCAAUUGCGGCGGUGCUGAUUGGCCGACCGCCCUGCCUCAGUGGAGCUUUGCUGGGACCGCUUGACGUCGUGCAGCUGCGAGACGCCUCGAACUGGUUUAAGAGCUCUCGCCGUCCCACCUGUUCAUUCGCCCGCCCUCGCGCUCUCGCAGUUGUUGAGCUUGGCUUAUCUGACUUCUUGUGUUUGAGACGCUGAAAGCCCCGUUGCCCUCGCGGCUGACCUCAAUUCGUCACAGACAUCUUCCCUCGCACUCCCGUUCUUCCACCUACCCUGGCUAUCCACUAUGGCCGCUCCCACGAUCCCUCCUCGCCCGGCUCGCGCGCAGGAUGCACCCAGCACCUCUGGGAACAUUGACGUGCCCAAGAUCCCGCCGCGUCCCAAGCGCAGCGUGGAGCGUUCCGUCUCACCGAACCGUGACACCUACGCUCGCUCGCCCUUGAACGAUCCGGCCUUCCUCCAUAAUGGCAUGCCCCGAGUCAGCAGCAGAGAAGAGUCUCUGGGUGCAAAUCUCCCUCGCCCUUCCAGCGUCACUCUGCCGUCCAUCGGCCAGGAGGGCAGCGAGUACGAGAGUCUGCAGGACUUCGCCGAGGAGUCAUCACCAAAACAGACCAAGAACAUAGCUGGCGACUUGCCGCUAUAUGCUCCAACAGCCUCUCUGGCCACUUCCACUGCAAAGAGCAGGAUCGCUACCGUCACACGUACCGAUUCCUCUCAAGCUGCAGCCGCAGUUGGGAAGCUCUUUGCUGACUCUGACGAAAAAGGGACCCCUCGUUCAGCGUCCUCUGCCGGCACUUCUACUCGCCCUCAGUCAAUCUACAACAAGGAUGAUGAAGAGCACGGCAUUCCAGAGAUCGGCAUUCGAGUGCCCAUGUAUCCCAACGCCGGUGAUGUUCAAGCUCCAACACCCCAGCCUUCCGCUGCAGCGCCCGCAACAGGAGUUGGCUUCUUCAACAAUGGAGGACAACCGGCCAGCCGUCAUCAUUCACGCACUAAAAGCGGACGGGAAAUCUUCCACGGACCGCCUGGCAGCUAUGGUCUGCACGGUCACGGUAUCAUAAACAGCAACGAUUUCGAAAGAACUUGGUACGAAAAGCACCCCGAGGACUUUGCCAAAGAAAAGCAAGGAGAAUACGGACGUGCGGUUCCAGAAACGCGCAAGGACUAUCAUUGGGUUGGGGAUGACCUUGCUAAGCUUGUGCAUCAAUCAGCUAGCAGAGGCAUUGGAAUGGGUACUUCACGCGAAGCAAUAGGCACACCUGACGAGCAAAUCGGAUACAGGGCAUCGGAAGAGUAUGCUUCUCGCAUGGCAUCACCCCGUCCAUCGUCCCGCCCUCAGUCUAUCCAUGCACCCAAAGCUCGCACGAGCAGCUCGAAGGCUGAAUCUCCCCUAAAUACGACGGAUGGCAAGACUCCGAAAGCUGGGUCAGAACAUGCUAUGGAAAGCGACACAGAGGACAAUGUCAUUCACAUUGACCCUCCUCACCACCGCCACAACAAAAUAGGAGGUGGUGGCUAUGACCCGCCGAAAGAAGAUCUUGGUCCAGACGGAGGCAACACUGAAAAGGAGGGUGGUUGGAUCUCAGAACGUGGAUACGGUGUCCCAAUUCUCGCCUCGGACGAAGUUGCAAAGAACCCUGACGCAGAAUAUAUGCAACCGGCCGUCUCUCCAGAGCUCGAGCGUCGUGGUAGCGGAGAGUACACGAUCAAUGACACUGACGGCAUUCCAUCCUACAUCAGCGGACGCAAGAGCACAAGUAGGAGCUCAAGUCGCAACAACAGUGUCCACAGCGGUAUGGCCGGCCUUUCGAGGUUUAAUAGCCCCUCUGAGAAUGAACACACCAGUACUCCAUUAGAUAACGUCAAGGAGUACGAGCCUUUGUUCCCCGAAGAUGAAGAACACGUGCCGAAGGAUCGUGCCAAGACUGCUGUGGACAAGUUGAAGCGUCCAGAUCUGGCUCGUCAUCAUUUCCCUAGUCAAGACGUCUGGGAGGAUACUCCGAGCAGUCUACAGUUACAAACGACUGUCGAUGAACCUCAGGCACCAGAAGAGUCGCAAACACAUGGUGAUUUUACUGCUUCCAGUGGUGUGUUCGAAAAGCCCGAGGCGGAGGCAGACCGAAAACAAAAUCUCACCGCUGAAGACCAGACAAGUUUCCUGCCAGAAAAGACAAAGCGCUUUGCGAAAUCGGGAUUUAACAAGGAUGUCUUGAGUGAUGUCAACUCUCGGCCUGGAUUGAACCAGCGAUUUCCCAGUCACGACAUUUGGGAAGAUACGCCCGAUCACCAUAAUCUUGUCACCACUGUCAGCGGCCCUCAGACAGAAGACACCAAUGAAUACUUAGAAGAUUCGCCGGCCACGGUGGAGAAACCACAGAUCCCUGCGCGCCCAGUGAUAUCAGCUCCACUUGCCCAGGCGAAAGAUGUGUCGCCGGUAGACAAGAAAGCCCCUAUCAUUCCGGAACGCCCGAAGCCUCAAGUUCCAGCGAGACCCGCGAAACCGCUUUCAAAAUCUUCCGCAGAGAAAGUCCUAACGGUCGGCGAUAGUGAAGGUGCUGCGCCUGCACCCAAGGCGAAACCUGCUGUACCCGCACGCCCUGCCGGCGGAAAGAUUGCAGCACUCAAGGCAGGCUUCAUGAGCGACCUUAACAGUCGCCUCCAGCUUGGCCCACAGGUGCCUAAAGUGGCGGAACCGGCUAAAGAAGAAGAGGUCGAGGAGAAAGAGCGAGCUCCGCUUGCCGACGCUCGUAAAGGUCGCGCAAAGGGCCCACAACGUCGCAAACCGGCGGCCUCGCCAUCUGGUGCUGCAGCCGAUGCCGGAACUGCAGCUAAGCCUGCGCAGACAUUCUCCUUCGUCGAAGCCACUACUGUGUGGGAAACUACCGAAGAUGGCAACGUCACGGUUCCCGCUGCGGUCGUGGCAAAAGCGCUCGAGGAGAAGAUUGGAGGCGUUGAAUCGCCCAAGGCCGUCAAGCCGGAAGAGCCAGCUGCGACGUCACCUGAAGCUUCGACAGUCAAGUCGUCCGAGGAGCCGAUUGCUGCUGAAACCAAGGAUGCAGAGGUCCCGGCCACUGAAGAGACGGUCUCUGAGGAGCCAGCGUCGACGUCCACAAGCACCGCGGUCCAGACGGGGCAGCAGGACGUUUCCAUCAACAAUGUCGACGGGACUACAGAAACAAUGACCACAUUCCUCGGCGGCAAGGCGCCGGAUGAGGGCACUGUCAUUGUGAAGGAUGGCGUUGAGCAUCUUGGCGACUCGACGACUGCGAGGACCAAGGGGAUUGAGAGCGCCAGUGAUGGCGGAUUGAGGGCGUCGGAAGCGGCGAGGGAGGAAGCCGUGGAGAAGGCUUAAGUUGCACUCUUUAUUGUGGUAUUAAGCGUGUUUGAAUACUGGAGGACAUGGGUAGAGCUGGAUAUGUAGCUUCCGCUAGCGACGAGGGAAUGGAAUUGGUAGAUUUCUUGUUGUCAACCUCAAGGUUCUGCAGACUAUGUUGUCAAAAGUCCAAUGUGUUGAAGUGCCCCUAAGCAGUGUUUGGAGUCAUGUGUACUUCGCGAAGUACCGCCAGGCAUGGUAACAUUAGUUAAAUGGAACACUCGCUUAGUAACCUGAACCUCGACAAUAUGAAUUUUUC